AUGGAUCCGCUCCGAGCUAGCGACUCAGCCGCAAACCGUGGCCCUAGGGCCAACACUCGCAAGAGAGACAGAGAGGAUGAUGACAUAUCCUCCUCUGCACCAUUGCCUCCUUCCAGUCCCACCGCCUUGGGCUCAUCCCCUCCUCCGAUUCCCUAUGAUUUCGGUAACGAGGACGAGGAUGAAGAGGAAGGGCUUAUUCAAGAUAUUGAUGAUAUUGAUGAGAUGGCUGAAGAUGAGGAUGGCAUUGACCUGUUCGGCGAUAAUUACGAGCGGGAUUAUGGCAACGGAACCCAAGACCGCUACGAGAAUGAAGCAUAUAUCGAUGAUGACAACGACCAUGAAGAGAUCGAUGCCGCUAGUCGUCGACAGCUGGAUGCUCGGCUGAACCAGAGAGACCGCGAACUGGCACGUCGCCGUCGCAUGCCUGCCGCCUUUUUACAAGAUGACGAUGAUAUGGAAUUGGACCUGUCGCGCCAACCGCGACGACGCAGGCACCAUUAUGACGAGGACCGCGAAGAUAUUGACAUGGCCGAUGAGGGCAUGGAAGAGCUAUCGCUGGAGGAAUUGGCAGACGUGAAAGCAGCUAACAUUACGGACUGGGUGACCCAACCCCAGGUUCUUCGCUCCAUCUAUCGCGAAUUCAAAGCCUUCCUGACAGAGUUCAUUGAUCCCGCUGGUCAGUCUGUUUACGGUAACCGAAUCAAAACCCUGGGUGAGGUGAACUCGGCCUCGUUGGAAGUAUCUUAUGCCCACCUGAGCGAGACCAAGGCGGCUCUCUCAUAUUUCCUCGCCAACGAACCAACCGAAGUUUUGAAGGUAUUCGACCAAGUGGCACUCGAUGUUACUCUUUUCCACUACCCACAGUACCACGACAUCCAUAACGAGAUUCACGUCCGUAUCACUGACGUGCCCAUCAUCUACACUUUGCGCCAGUUGCGUCAAUCGCAUCUUAACUGCCUGAUCCGUGUGGGCGGUGUCGUUACCCGCCGAACUGGUGUCUUCCCGCAGUUGAAAUAUGUCAUGUUCCUCUGCCAGAAGUGCGGUAUCACCUUGGGUCCAUUCCAGCAAGAGGCUAGUGCAGAAGUCAAGAUCUCAUUCUGUCAGAACUGCCAGUCGCGCGGUCCCUUCACUGUCAAUUCUGAAAAGACAGUCUACCGCAACUUCCAGAAGUUGACUCUGCAGGAGUCUCCCGGCUCGGUUCCCGCAGGCCGUCUGCCUCGCCAGCGCGAAGUCAUUUUGCUUGCCGAUCUAAUCGACACUGCCAAACCCGGUGACGAGAUUGAGAUCACCGGUGUUUACCGCAACAGCUAUGAUGCUCAGCUGAACAACAAGAAUGGGUUCCCAGUUUUCUCCACUGUGAUUGAGGCCAAUCAUGUGGUCAAAGCACACGACCAGCUGGCUGGUUUCAACCUAACGGAGGAAGAUGAGCGUGAGAUUCGGGCACUUUCCCGGGAUCCCGAUAUUGUGGAUAAGAUCAUCCGCUCUAUGGCACCCAGUAUUUAUGGCCAUCAAGACGUCAAGACCGCUGUUGCGCUUUCGCUCUUUGGUGGUGUUAGCAAACAGGCCCAGGGCAAGAUGUCAAUUCGUGGUGAUAUCAAUGUCCUGCUCCUUGGUGAUCCUGGUACCGCCAAGUCUCAGGUGCUCAAGUUCGUUGAGAAGACCGCCCACCGUGCCGUGUUUGCCACUGGUCAGGGUGCCAGUGCCGUCGGUCUCACAGCCAGUGUUCGUCGCGAUCCCCUGACCAGCGAAUGGACAUUGGAGGGUGGUGCGCUUGUCCUGGCUGAUCGAGGUACUUGUCUUAUUGAUGAGUUUGACAAGAUGAAUGAUCAGGACCGAACAUCCAUCCACGAAGCCAUGGAACAGCAGACUAUCUCCAUCUCGAAGGCCGGCAUUGUGACCACAUUGCAGGCUCGCUGUGCUGUCGUGUCCGCCGCUAAUCCUAAAGGUGGUCGAUACAACAGCUCCAUUCCCUUCUCAGAGAAUGUUGAUCUGACAGAUCCUAUCUUGUCUCGUUUCGAUAUUCUCUGUGUGGUGCGCGACCUGGUCGAUCCUGCCGAGGACGAGCGCUUGGCCAACUUCGUGAUUGAGUCGCACCACCGAGCCAACCCCGCCCGUCCCCUUCGAAACGAGAAGGGCGACCUUGUUGAUACCGAUGGCCAUCUCAUUGACCACGAAGGCUAUCGUAUCAACCGAGAUGGCCAGAGGCUGCCUCCUUCUCAGGAGGAGGUGGCUAGACGGGCAGCAGAGAAACAAAGAGCCGAAGAAGAGAAGGAAGGUGAAAUCCCUCAAGAGCUGUUGCGGAAGUACAUCAUGUAUGCCCGUGAACGUUGUCAGCCCAAGCUUUAUCAGAUCGAUCAGGAUAAGGUCGCCCGUCUCUUUGCAGACAUGCGCCGCGAGUCCCUUGCGACUGGAGCGUAUCCUAUCACAGUUCGUCAUCUCGAAGCUAUCAUGCGUAUUGCCGAGGCUUUCUGCAAGAUGCGCCUAUCAGAAUAUUGCUCUGCCCAGGAUAUCGACCGUGCCAUCGCUGUCACCGUGGACUCGUUCAUCGGCAGCCAAAAGGUCAGCUGCAAGAAGGCACUUUCGCGUGCAUUUGCCAAAUACACACUCUCCAGACCCAAGCCCAUGUCCAAGCGUCGUGCGGGCAUUCCCAUCUCAAACCCUCACCUGCCGAGGGCUCAGUCCACGGCGCAUUGA